CCGGGUUCCACGGACAGACGCGGUCGGGUCUUCCUCCUCAACUCCCCGAACGUGCGUCAGACUACGUGCUGCACGCACAGCAAGUAAAAUCACGAGUGUCUCAGAUCCCGUCGGACUCCGCGCAGUGAAGCCUCAAAACCCGAGGAAACCGCAGAAAUGUCCGCCUGCGAGUUUAAGUCUCUGGAGGAAUGCCUGGAGUCCCACCUGCCGGAGCCCGAGCUGUCCGAGGUGAAACGCAUCUUGUUCGGGAAGGAAACGCAGAAGUUGGACCUCCCGCCAUGUGCUGUGAGCGCGGCCUCAGAGCGUGACUUUGAGCUGAAGGGUUUCAUGUUUGAUGCUGCGCAGGAACAACUGAGGCCGCCCAGGAGGGUCCGCGUGGGACUCAUUCAGAACCGCAUUGUCCUGCCCACCGACGCCCCCAUCCUGGACCAGAUCAAUGCCAUGCACAGCCGCGUUGGUGAGAUGGUUGAAGUGGCAGCCAUGUGCGGCGUAAACAUUGUCUGCUUCCAGGAGACCUGGACCAUGCCCUUUGCUUUCUGCACCCGCGAGAAAGAACCAUGGACGGAGUUUGCGGAGUCUGCUGAAGAAGGAAACACCACACGCUUCUGCCAAGAGCUCGCCAAAAAAUACAACAUGGUGAUCGUCUCUCCCAUCCUGGAGCGAGAGGGGCUGCACAACACCCUGUGGAACACCGCGGUGGUGAUCUCCAACUCUGGACGUGUGCUGGGAAAGAGCAGGAAGAACCAUAUUCCCAGGAUUGGAGACUUCAAUGAGUCUACAUAUUAUAUGGAGGGCGACACGGGCCACACAGUGUUCCAGACACAGUUCGGGAACAUUGCUGUGAAUAUCUGCUACGGGCGCCAUCACCCUCUCAACUGGUUCAUGUACAGCAUGAAUGGAGCUGAGAUCAUCUUCAACCCCUCAGCUACCGUUGGAGCUCUCAGUGAGCCCAUGUGGUCCAUCGAGGCCAGGAAUGCAGCAAUAGCUCACCACUGUUUCACUUGUGCGAUCAACCGUGUUGGGACGGAACAUUUCAAAAGUGAAUUCACAUCUGGUGAUGGAAAAAAAGCUCACCAUGAUUUUGGAUACUUCUAUGGAUCCAGUUACGUGGCUGCUCCCGACGGCAGCCGCAGCCCGGGGCUCUCCAGGACCCACGACGGACUGCUCGUUGUAGAAAUGGAUCUCAACCUGAACAGACAAAUCAGCGACAAAUGGAGUUUUAAGAUGACUGGGCGGUAUUCUGAGUAUGCAGAGGAACUCACCAAGACUGUGAGACCUGACUUCAAACCCAACAUCGUGAAAGAGUAGAUAUGACACUAGAGUAGAGGACAAUCGUGACUUCUUUAACAAAAGGUUGCUCUGAUGUCUCUGGAGUUAUUGUCUAUUGAUGAAAUAAAAAAUUUAAGUUAGUACAUUAUUUCACAAGAUGAGUCUUUUCAGUGCCAGUUUGUAAUUUCAUAUUUCAAUUCCGAUAUAGAAAAUACUCGGGGUUCAGUGUUGGAUAUGUCAAUGAUGAGCAACAGCAUUUAUUUUAAUGUAUUUUUGGGCGGACAGAUAAAAAAUAUAUACACUGCUAUAAUAAAAAUAUCAGAAUCAUA